ACGUUAUUUGCACAUUGCAAGCGCGGGCUUUUGACUCACGUGAUCUGUACGACGCAUGCGCACUAUUCGAAUCGGUUUUUUAUUGUCGUGAAAAAAAUACCUAACAAAAACAUUAUAAUAAUAUUCGAGGUAAGUUUUGUAACGAUGAGAGUGUAGAUAAAUUUGAAAGAAAGAUUGUUUUUAUACUUAAAAAAUUGAAAUGUUUAACUCUCAAUAAAGUGAUAUGAGAUACAAUUUGUUUUCGUUGACGUUCUACUUAAGAAUAUAGGUUAUAGGCAUUUUAAAACAUAAAUAACAUCAAAAACGUAAUAGCGUAAAUACUUAAAAAAUACUUAAAAAAAAAAAAGAAAAAGAAAAAUUCCAGAACAUCAAUGUUAAAAUAUGGAUGUAAUUGAAUAUAAAUUAACCUCAAAGAAUCCUGUCUUAAUAUCACAUGCGGUAUCUAGACUUUAUGAAGUAAUCAAGGAGAAGUACAAAAAUGGAACAUCAAAAGAUGUUAUAAAGAUACCAGAAUAUAAACUGCUUAUAUCAAAACUUGAAAGCAAAGAUAAAGUACUUAGUACAUCUAUAUGUCAAGCAUUAGUUAGACUUGUAGAAAAUGGAAUAAUAUCUGUUACUAUGGCUCUCUGUACUUUAAUAUCUUAUGUUUCUUCUACAAACAAUUAUGUCGCAAUUACCGUAAGCAUGAGUCAUUUACUGAUAUUGGAUUUUAAACUUCAUGCUACCGAAGAUAAAUGUUCAUAUAAAUUGCCAAUGCCUCAGUUUCCAUUUAUCUCAAUUUUGAAAGAAGAAAAAAAUUCUUGGCGAGCUGUAUUAGAUCAAAUGCAUUUUAUAAUGAAUUAUCCUGAUAGACAGAUAAAGGAAAACAGUAUAAAAAUUUUAAGGCCGGUCUUUAUAUUUAUUUUAUGCAAUCCUUCUUCAUCUUUAUCGGAUGGUUGUAAAGAAAAAGCUUGGCAAUUAAUUAAAUCGAGUAACGCUUUAGAAUUACAAAUUGAAAUUCUAUUAUGGCUUCGUACAAAUGAUACAGAUAAUUGUUUGGAAACAUAUUAUAAAAUUUUUGGAUUUGCAAUGGUAUCAUUAUCCAAAAAUGACAAAGAUACUUGCAUAGCCUUACUCCCAUUAUUAUCAUCUGUUUGUAUAUGUUUCCUUGAACACGGCUUCGACCCUGUAGUAAAUCUUGAUACAAUAUCUACUAUUAUAAAUAAAUAUAAUAAUUUAUCAGGAAAUAUUAUACUGGCAUUAAUGUCCGAAAUAAUUGUGAUAUGUCCUGGAUAUUACUUAGCCAAUGUUCUGCAACUAUGUGAACUUAUAUUGAAUAAAAUGUCAUGCAACAUAACAUUGAUAAAUAUGUUAAUAGCAUCUCUCCUGAAGUGGAUGCCUUAUCCUUCUGUCUUAUGUGCUGAAGCUUUAACUAAAGCUAAUGCUUUAAUAAACAAAGCUGUUACCGAAACAAAAUGGACAAAAGAAGCCACCAAUCCUCAUCCAGAAGGAAUAUUUGCAAAAUUAAUUCAUUUUGAUGCAUAUAUUCAAUUUUACACAGAAAGUAUCGAUUUUUUAAAUACAAUAACAGAAACGAAUAUUUUAUCAUGGUUGAAAGCAUUAUCAAAAAGUCCAAUUGAUUUACGUUAUAAAUAUAGAUUAAUUCUUUCUGGUUUAUUUUUACAAAGUAAAAAUGUCAUUGUAACAAAAGACAUUUGUGAUAUACUUAUGCAAAUUACUAAAGAAAUAAUCGUUUUUGCAUCUCACAUGUUACCACUAAUUAUGCAUAAGUUAUCAAAAUCUCGUGAUCCCGAUGAAUCGAAAUACUUGCUUCUUACAUUACCCGAAUUAGCAAUAACAAAAGAAAAUGUACCAAUUAUAAAUAGAACAUUGCAAACAUUAUUUCACAGUGAAGGGCCAUUAAAAUAUUUCGCUCUCGAAUUAUAUUUGACGAUGAAUGAUAAAGAUCCACGUUGCUAUCAGUAUCUUUCAUCUGCACUUAUGGAAACGUCACAAAAUGACAAAUCGUGGUACGCUGAUGUAACUUGUGCUAGAGUAAUCAAGCACAUUUGCGAAGAACGUCCGAAAUGUGCUGAAGAACUUGCUCCAUUUAUUUCACAAAUAUUAAAUAAAUGUGUAGACACAAAUGGCAGUGCUGCAACAGCACUUGCACUUAAGGGUAUUUCCGCUCUUUGUAGUUCUUCUGUUAUUAGUAUUAUCUCAGUUUGGAAAGUCUUAGCGCCAAAAAUGAAGAAAGAAAAGCGUACAAUUGUUAUGAAAACUUUAUGUGAACUCUUUGGAAAUAUUCCAUCUUAUUUAAAUAGAAACAACAGCGCAUAUGAUACCUUGAUUACCGAAAUAUUAGAAAUAUUAUGGUCAUAUGUUAUACAAAAUGAUCCAGAGAUAAGUGAGGCUGCACUUAAAGCAAUAGCUUUGUAUCGAUUAGAAGAUAUUCCAUUACAAACUUUACCAGAUGAUUUUAAAUACGAUACUACAUCACAACCAAGUACAUCAGCUUCAAGUAAUACGCCAGAAAAUAUAUCACAGUGUAUACCAGCUGUAUCAAGCACAUGCUGGAUCAAAAUGUUAGAAAAAGUCAAUAAAACGAUUUUAAAUGCAGCUGGUAAUGUUUUAAUUUCAUUUAUUACAAAUGAAGUUAAAAGUUUUCGAUCUGGCAUAUAUAAUUGGCCACAUGGAGAGCCAAAUAAUUUCAAAUACUUACCAGAAAGAAGUAUUAUAAGAGUAGUCGGUGAACAUUUGAGACGUAUAGAUAUGACUAAAUCUUUCAACGAAAACGUCGCUAUAGAAUGUUUACGGAUAUUUGCAUUUAAAUAUCCAAAACCUUUGCCUAAUAUAAAUUGGAAUUUUUUACAUAAGACUACUGAAAUAUCCUAUAAAGCUAAAGAAUAUAGUCUUACUAUUGCAUGUCAUCAUUCAGUUAUAUCAUUGUCUGCAAGAAGCUUUGUUGAGCAUUAUUUAUCAAUGUUUGAAAAUGAUUCAAGUAUAAAAGAUUUAUUACAAAGUAAAGAACAUGAAAUAUUGUAUGCAAAUUUAGAAAUUCUCUGUGAAGCUGUACAAGCACAUAAAAUAAAACCAUUUUUAGAUACGACAUUAUCACAUGUUAUAAAAAAUUUAUUAAGUGAUGACGAUACAAAUGUAAUUUUAUUUAAGAAUAUUAUGCAUUCCUAUGCUAGAGCUUUAAAAAAUGAAACAAUAAAUGAUGCUAUUCGUACAUUACUCUCUACUACUUUAAACAAUCUUUUAGAUGAAAUAGACUUAACACAAGAAUAUUUUAAACCAUAUAUUUCUGCAGUAUUAGCAUUAUCGGUUGAUCACAUAGAGAGAAUGACAUCGCCUAACGUAUGGUGGGAAACAACCGUAAAAAAACUGAAAAAUGCUAUAAUUAUCAGAGCAGAAUUAGCUUUAAAUAACGACUUUGAAAUGCCUUUGAAUUGGAUGAAUGAAUUAAUUAAUUUAAUCGCAACUAUACCCAGUGUACAGUUAUAUUUGUUACAAGCAGUUCAAAGAGUGCAAACUGAAGUGAAAUCUAAAAUGUAUACAUCAGAUUGGGUUAUAGAUUUUAUAAAUCGUAUUCAAGCACUUAUACCAGAAAUAUCUGAAGAUAACCAACGAAUUUUAUUUUACUGUGAUAUUUUUUUCGUUUCUAUUAUUUGUUUAUCUGGAAUGGAUUGCAUAAUAAUGGAUGCAGAUUCUAUUGUAUCCUCGCAACAUGUCAGAACAAGAUUAUUCCCACAAGCCAUAGCUAUGCUUGCUGAUAUACAAUAUUGGAAGGAUCAUAUAAUCCCUCAGGUAAUGGAGUGGUUACAUCUAAUGAGAAUAAGUUCCAUACCAGAACUGUAUAAAUCUGCAUUUCAUAAUUCAUUAAUUUCCUUAAAACAUCAUCCGCAUUAUAAUAAGAAUUGGUUUACUUAUUUAUCAGUAUAG